AUGGCUCAACAGCAAUGCACCAUUAGCAAAAGAGAAAAGGAUUUGGCUGCACUGUCAAUUAACGAAUAUCCUUUAAAACAUUCAGCUUUAUUGGAUUUAGGGUCAUCAAUUCACGUUUUCAAUGAGAUAGAAAGGUUUAUGAACUUCCGGAAAGCAACAGCAGGAGACUUCCUAUGGGCAGGCACCCACCAAGUACCUGUCUUAGGAUAUGGAGAAGUGGAUAUCGAAAUCCACAGCCUUGGUGGAAGACUUCAAAUUCUGCGCCUUUAUAAUAUGGCAUACUGCAAGGACUUUGUGGCAAACCUGGUGUCUUUCCAACAACUAAGAAAGCAUGGAAUCUGGUGGGACAUCAGAAGAGGCUUCAACUGCCUUUAG